CGCAAAACCUCCCACGCCACCACCGCGACAAACCCCAUACCGCUGACGAAAAUUUCCAUCCCAUUGGAUGAAUAUAUAAAAAAACAAAAGGUGCCAAUCAUCGUCUGUUCCACCAAGGCAACAAGGUGGUGGCGUGUGUAGUGGAGACCAAAGGCGGUAUCAUAGAAACCCCACUCUUUGGUAUUAGGCCACCCACCCCGCUUAUCGGCAUGACUCCCCUUCUUCUGCCUUCAUGCUGUUGCCGUUCGCCCUACUGUGGCCUGCAACAAAACGUCGAGUCCGGCGAGGCAUCGAUGCCGAAAUCGACGUGCAGGGCAAUCCAUCGAGCAACGUGGGGAACUCCCACACCCUGACUUGUCUCAUGCCGGGCUCUACGCCGCAUAUGGAGGAAGGGAAAAAGGUAUGCAAUAAAGGUAUAAAUGCCUUGACGUCGCCGUGUCUUUGUAGUCCACCUGAUCAUGUCCCCGUACAUAUAUAUCCAGGCACAUAUCGCCCAUGCGAGCCUGUCGCAUCACACGGCUGCCUCAAAGGAAUGGCUGUCCACGACGCAGGUAACCGCCAAUGUGGCCUUGGUGUAAUGUAAACGUCCUGUAGUACAUCUAAGUGUAUGUGUGUUUACCCCUUUGUAAAUCGUGCAAAUAUCAAAAUAAUAAUAUCCCGAACAUGCAAUAUA